AUGGCUAUAGACCUCGGUACAGGGCCCUCACGACUCGUGAGCAUCGCGCGGUUGACGACGCUCGUCGGGUCCGUCAUUGUCGCGCUGGGCUCAGGGACAAAUUACAUAUACUCUGCAUACGCACCCCAGCUCGGAGCUCGUCUGCAUGCCUCCCACACACAACUCAAUAUUAUCGGACUCGCCGGGAACGUGGGCGUAUACUCCUCUGGGCCUAUAUGGGGAAAACUCGUCGACGCGCGGGGACCGCGCCUGGCGCUCAUCGGCGCGUUCGCGUCGCUCUUGGUCGGCUACCUCGGGAUAAAGCACACGUAUGAUAACGGCGAGCCUGAGACAGAAAUCGAAUGGCACGUCAUUAUCCUCCUGGUCGUGUGCGGCUUCCUCACUGGCAUGGGCGGCAACGCGGGCUUAGCGGCAGGGAUGAAUACGACGGCGAAGAGCUUCCCUGAGAAAGCCCGCGCAACUACAACGGCGCUUGUCCUCUCCGGUUUCGGCCUCUCCGCAUUCUUCUUCAGCACCCUCGCACAUGCUCUAUGGCCUGGAAACACAUCCUCCCUCCUCCUACUCCUCGCGCUCGGCACGUCCCUGCCCAUGCUCCUCGGUCUCCUCAUUGUGCGCCGUGUCCCUGUGCCACCAAGCCGACCUGCGUCGGUGGCUGGAUAUGCGCGUGGCGAGACGGAGGGACCGAAUAUCUAUGGGAAGCGGUUGUGGAUGACGGGCGACUUUUAUCUGAUAUUUGCGAUCAUGGGGCUACUAAGCGGCACGGGCCUGAUGUACAUCAACAACGUCGGCUCGAUCUCGCAGGCGCUCUACGCCAAGGGAAACCCGACGUACGACGACCUUGAAGCGGCCAAGUGGCAAGCAGCCCAGGUCUCCACGCUCAGCAUUGGCAACUUCUCCGGGCGGGUGCUUAUCGGUCUGAUCUCCGACGUCCUCCUCCGCCUCAAAUUGCCGCGCGCUUCGGCGCUCUCGAUCGUCUCGGCGCUGUUCAUUGUCUCGCAGAUUGUGGCGCUCCAGAUCGAGGACGUGUCUCAUCUCUGGCGCGCAACGGUCGUGCUCGGGCUCACGUAUGGAGGCUUGUUUGGAGUUAUGCCGACUAUUGUGAUUGAGUGGUUUGGACUUGCCCAUUUAUCCGAAAACUGGGGCUACACUUCCCUUUCUCCCCUCGUCGGCGGCAACCUGUUCUCGCUCAUGUUUGGCCGCAUGCUCGACGCACACGAUGACGGCUCUGCCCCGUCAUCCUCGACUCCAGCACCGGAUGCUGUGCUGCACACCCGCGCAGGCCUGCCGUCUGAGCACCAGUGCUUCGACGGACGUGCUUGCUACGCGGAUAGUUUGAGGAUCACGACCGCCGCGUGCUGUCUUGCGCUCGCGUUGAGCAUCUGGGCCGGUGUGAGGGACGCGCGGAAGAGGAGGGCCGGAAAGGCGGUUGGGGGUGGUUGA